CACAUGGUCAUUUACGGUAUGCAUACAUUAUUCAUUGUACAAAUUAUAUUAGUUUUGACAUUUUUGUAACUGUAAUGUUUCAGUAUCUUAUUUGAACUGAGGAACGGAAUGACUUUACUCCUGCAUGACUUCAUUACCCAAACAACACUUCGCCGACAUCACCGUAUUAUUGCGGAAGUGCUGAGGCAGGAUUACAACUGCAGUUCAGUGGAUUAUAAUCACAGAGUUUCUGAUUUCGGUUUUCACAGCUCCGUCGCUUCUGCAAAAUAUAGAUUGUCAUUUUGCUAUAUCUCUGAAUUCGAAAGAAACACGGGAUAUGGCAGCUUUAAAGUAUGCUGGUAUGGACGAUACAGACAGCGAGGAUGAGCUGCCUCCAGGAUGGGAAGAGAGAUCUACGAAGGAUGGAUGGGUUUACUAUGCGAAUCAUGAGGAAAUGAAGACUCAGUGGGAUCAUCCCAAAACAGGGAAGAAGAGACGCUGUGCUGGAGAUCUACCGUAUGGAUGGGAGCAGGAGAUGGAUGGCAAAGGACAAGUCUUCUAUGUGGAUCACAUUAACAAGAGGAAGACCUACUUUGACCCGCGGCAGGCGUUCACGGUGGAGGACGUGCUGGUGAAGCCGAAGCGUUACGACGGGAACACUGCAGCUCUGGAGAUCCUGCAGGGUCGUGACCUCUCAGACAGGGUGGUCCUCAUCACCGGGGGAAACUCUGGCAUCGGUUUUGAGACAGCCAAGUCGUUUGCCCUCCAUGGGGCCCAUGUGAUCCUGGCCUGUAGGAAUCUCUCCAAGGCCAUCAAGGCUGUCAGCCUCAUACAGCAGGAGUGGCACAAGGCCAGGUUGGAGGCCAUGAUGUUGGACCUGGCCUCUCUCCGCAGUGUCAGAGAGUUCGCUGACUCUUUCAAGACCAAGAAACUGCCGCUCCACAUCCUGAUAUGUAACGCAGCUGUGUGUACCCAGCCUUGGCGUCUGACGGAGGACGGUCUGGAGUCCACCUUCCAGAUCUGCCACCUAGGUCACUUCCUGUUGGUGCAGUGUCUACAGGAAGUGCUGCGACGCUCCGCCCCCGCCCGUGUGGUGGUGGUGUCCUCUGAGUCACACAGGUUUACAGACCUGCUGGACCAGUGUGGUAAGGUGGACCUGGCUGUGCUGUCUCCUCCUCGGAAGGACUACUGGUCCAUGCUGGCCUACAACCGUGCCAAGCUGUGUAACCUCCUGUUCUCUAACGAGCUCCACCGACGCCUCUCGCUCCACGGGGUCACCUGCAAUGCAGUGCACCCUGGGAACAUGAUGUACACAGCCAUCCAUCGUAGCUGGUGGCUGAUGACCCUGUUCUUCACCCUGGCUCGCCCCUUCACCAAGUCUAUGGUAAGGAGACAGACCGUUUACACUUCUGAUGCUAAGGGAUCACCAUAUUGCAUGGCUGUGUGGGAGAUAUGACACUUUGAGCUGUUUGUGUUAUUUAAUAG